CUGCUAGUAGGGGGGUGCCAGGAUCUGUUGCACAGACUUCAUUUCUGUCUAUUUUUUUCAUUUCAGGUACACACAAAGGAAGUAGCUGAGGAUCUCAGUGAACAUUCUCUUCACUGCUGAGUAGAGAACCGAUGGCAGAGAAUGUCAACAACUAAUAAUAUAGCUCAAGCCCGGAAGCUGGUGGAGCAGCUCCGUAUUGAAGCAGGGAUCGAGCGCAUCAAGGUGUCCAAGGCAGCAGCUGACCUGAUGAAUUACUGUGAGCAGCACGCUCGAAACGACCCCUUGCUGGUGGGAGUACCUGCUUCAGAGAAUCCUUUUAAAGACAAAAAGCCCUGCAUCAUCCUAUAGCUCCACACCCGAAAGCAAGGGGAAGGACCCCUCCUACUGACAGCACCUGAAAAUAAAUGGGGGAUAAAAGACCCCUCCCCACCAAGUUCCAAUUGGGAGACAAUAUAACUUCAAAAUUUAGGCCAACUGGCGCAGAGCGGGCAGAGAGGAGUUUCAUGCUAAAAUUACAAAAAAUACUAAGUGGAGUUACUGAUGUGGGGUGUGAUGGUGACACCACUUCUGGGGGGAGGGGAAUGCCUGUGGGAAAUCUUCAGUCAAACACAAGGUUGGUAUUUAAACUCGAAAAAAUUAAAUUGCCCCAUGUUCAGUGCAGUGCUUUAGAAAGGGAAUGGGUAUCCUGUGUACACCAGCUCUGACCUCAAUAAUGUCAGACUCCAAACUGGAUCACUUUUGGGAUUAUCUCCACUUGUUUUGUUUUAUUUAGUCAACUAAUUUUUAAGUGGCUUUCUUUUCAUACUGAUGUAUUGCCAUAUUCUCCAAGAUGCUGCCUUCCCUUUUUCACAAGUCAGCUUUUAAUGGCUUGUGCUGGGAUGAGUCGCAAACCUCAGCGCCUUAUCACCAUAGUGUGACUUUUAAACUCCCUCCUCCCCUCAGCCUAUUGAGAGUAUUACAGCUCAUAAUGGCAGUUCGUUGAGACUGAUCCAGUUAAGUAGUAUAUACGGUACUGCUUUAACAGGGAGCGGAAUGCUAUUGCUUGCAACACCAAUCUUAUUACAGUUCUGAAAGGACUUAUUUUUUUUUCCUCAAAGGGACAUUAACCUAAUUCCAUUACACAGUAGUGAAUUUAUUUAUUGGGUGGGGGGAGGGUACUGACCUUGUACGACUGUACUGAAUGAAAUUGCUAUUUACUUGGGUUAGGGUGGGCUGAUCAUGUUGCACAAUAGUGAAAGGACUAAUUAUUUUAAGGCAGUGGCAAACACUGUACAACAGUAUGAUCAGCAGCCCAUCUUCGUUGUAUUUUUUUUUUUUUCUUUAUGUAACCCUGCCAACUGGGUCAGGCAUUAAAGUUGACUUUUUAGCAGCUUUUUGAAGAAAACUAGCAGAAUAAGCAGGACAUUUUGCUCAUCUGGCUCAUGAAAUAUGCACGCUUUAGAGAUUUGUUGGUAGGGAAUUCAUUUCCAGUACAUCCCCUUUGUUCAUGUACACCUUUCUUGGGUUCUGCCUUGAUUUUAUCAUAGUGCACCUACCAAAGGUGGGAUAUUGAUUUCCACCUGGCUGAAAUAUUUAGCUCAUUUAUGGGUCCACAAUUCUCCCAAGUGUAAAAAGAAAGGUGAAACUCUGCUCCACACCACAUUAUUUUAAUGGGCUGGCUAGCAUACUGUCUAAAUCAAUUUAUCUGCAGUUAAACUGGUUGGGAAAUUGAAGCUCAUGCAAGUAGUUAAUACAGUGCAUGUGGUGUAAAUGAUUUUAGCUUUGGAUUAGUAUGGUAGAAAUCUCGAGGGUGGUUGACCAGAAUGCUGUGCUGGGAAAACAUGUACAGACUCUGGAUUUAUUGACAUACUGUAAAUAAUGAUAGUAAUUGGCCAGGUUUGAAGACACUUGGCAGUGGCCAAAUACCUCGUACCUUUGGGAAGGGGCUUUACUCAGCAGCGGGAAUGCGAAUCAGCCUUUAACACCAGCAUUAUUUUGGAGGGGUGGAGCCUAGAGCCCGUAGUGCAUAUGGGGGCGGGGUUUGUUUGUGUUAUUGAACGUGUUUACGGAGGCAAGCAUUCUCCAUCCAUAAACUCAGAUAAAUGAAUGCUGAUCUGAAGACAGGAAUGCUUGCAUUUUGCCAACAGCUUAUGUCCAACCUGAUUACCAAUAUAUUUUCCAGCUUUAAUAGGGAAAAAGUUAAACUGAUAAAUUUUACAGUAUUCCAUUCAUGGUAUUCAAAUAUUUGAAAAUGUAUUGUACAAUUUAUUAUAGACACUUGUAUUUUUUUCCUCCUGCCUCAUUUGUUCAGUGUUUUCAAAAUGAAAUCAAUUUGUCAGUGUCAUGAUGAUGAUAAUCAGUGUUUAUCCCCAUUCUAUUACAUUUUCAAUAAUUUAUUUAAUUUAGCUACAGAACUACAUCAUUGCUGGACAAAAUAUCUUUUUAGUAAUUCCUGUAUCUGUAAAGCAGUUAUCUUUAACUUUCUGUCUGAUUUCUUGAAAGUUUAAAUGAUAUUGAAUGAUAUUUUGAAUUUUCUAUGAAAUUUACAUUCUGGGGCAGAGUGAAAUCCAUUUUAUCUCAUGGUCAGGAUUCAGUCAGGCUGAAUUGGUGUUUAUAUUUAGCCUGUGUCACUUUAAAGGAAAUCCUGUAGAACAACUUUAUUCCAAAUUUCAUAAGGGAAACAAAUCCUGUGUUUUUUUUGUUUUUUUUUUUGCCUUCAUUCCUUUACAUCUACUUUGCCCCUCACAUCUGUUCAUUUUUCAGUAUUUUCUGAAUAUUAGAUCCCAAUCCAGUUGGAUUUUAAAAGGGAAUCAUUUUAAAAAGAGCUCUUAAAACACAGGUUUUCUGGAACCCUUGUCUCUUAAGCUCUUUCAGCCAUACUCCCACCUGCAAGGAAGAUCACAGGCCCAGCUUGUGCCAAGGAGAAUCCUAAGUCCUGAGAACUAAUUCCCUUUUUUAACGCAAAUUAUUUUUAUUUUAUUUUAUUUUGUGUGUGGAGGUGAUAGAGAGAGGGCAUCACAAAUCCCUUCUUUACAGUGCAUCUUUCCAUUUUUACAGAGGAGCCAAUCUGUGUAUGUAAAUGUAUUUGAUCUUUUUGCCUUGAAUAAGAAGAAUUCUAAUUUUUUGUAACGGUUCUUCUCUGAUGUGCCAAUAGCCUCUGUCUCUUGCACAGUGUUUUAAUAUUUUGUGGACUUGCUGUUCUGAAAGUAGAAAACCAUCAAUUAAAAAAAAAUUAAAACAAUAAAAAAAACUGGACUUUUUUU